UAGUCUUUUUAUUCUCUAUAAUUAAAGAAACUUCUUCUACGUUAAAUAAAAUUUACAAGCUUAUGUAUAUAGAGUAUUGUCCAUCCCGUUAUCAUAGAUUGAAAAAUAUUCUUUUUGCUUAAGAAGAACUGUCAGCCAAGGGUUCAUAGAGAAGAACAAAGAGAAAAAUUUCAAUAAAAACAAGAACCAAGUGAAACUUACAUUAUUUUUAAUUUUUGAUAUCGUGCGUCGUAAUAAUAUAUAGCAAUGUACAAGAAGAUCAACAAUAAGUAUUAUUUUAUUAUCUAAAAUAAUAAUGUGAAGCUUUCAAUUGAUAACACUGAUCACCAUCAUCUACAUAAAAGUAAAAGACAGUGUCGAAGGUAAACGUUGAACGUUGAACAAGAAGGUGCCACUAGCCGUUAUUGACACCUUCUGACAUAAUACUGAAUUGGCAGUCCGUUGUCACUUGCCCGAUCGGGAAAUAUUGCUCGAACGAGCAACUUGUCCGGUCAGGCAAGACUCUAUCUUGGAAACCAUAGGUCCCCUAACGGGUGGAAAGUGCUUAUUCUUCUUCUCGCACAUUGUAUAUUUAUUGUGCAUCAAAAUUAUAUGUUCCACCUUUUCCCUUUCUCAUGGAAGAAAUGAAAAACAAAUUUAGCUCAAUAUCGUUCAUUUUAUCUUUCCCGAUCUGGCAAUAUUGCUAGUUCGGGCAAGGUCAGUAUUGCCGGUUUCGGCAAUAUAUCUUGCCAGAUAUAUUGAUUUACAUACAUUUAUUUGUACUUUACGCACAUUUAUAUGCGUACGAAGCCUUACUAGAAAGUUUUUUUUUAUAUAAGUACAUAAGAAGGUUAAGUGUAGCAAGAAUUGCGAUUUAUGAUAAAUAAAACUCUGUCAAAUAAGUGUGAACGUAUCUGAUAAAUUUCAUGAGUACUUCUCUUUGUAUUCAUCUGCAGUCAUUCUCUAACUUUGUACUUUUAUAGACAAGACAAAGUUCUUUCUUUUCAUUGUUUUCGUUACAUGAAUAACAAUGAGAAAAAACAGAAUGUAUAUACACAUGUACAUAUACAAAACAUUAUAAGCAUGCGUCUCUAAACAAUGUCCAUGUGCACAAGAGAAGAAGGGAAAAUCAUAACACACUGACAAAUAGUUAUAUAAUAAACGAUGAGAACCUCUGUUUCACAAUUACUUUUCUAACACUAGUUAAGUUGUAUUUCAUCUGCAUAAAUACCGCCGAACAGCCUUCCUCUUCAAGUUCGAAAAGUGAAGUUAUUCUUUUGAAAGUAUGAAUAUGGUCCACACAUCUCGCAGCAAAAGUCAACAUCAUUCGGAUCCUGUUAAUAAAGAAUAUGUCCACAGACAGACUAUCGUUUAUACUUUAAAAACAAGAUAUUGUAGAAAACCGAAAUAGCACACGUAGCUCUUUAUAUAAAGACGUAUACGAGAAAAAAGUUUUUUUCGGUUCUUUAAUAAAGUCAUCCAAGCCAAAUUAUUUACUUCAAUAGCACAUAUUGAUGUCAGGAAUGAGGCUUCUUGCCUGAUCAGGCAAGGCAUAUUGCCCGUUUCGGCAAUAAAUCCUUAGAAGAUGCUUCUUCCCUACUCUGAAAAAACAAGCACCUCUCCACUGUAUGUAAGCGUCAUCUUAUGCAGUUUUUGAUGCUCUUUCAAAUGGAAUAAGUCUCUUUAUGCGUCAUCGCUUUCAUUUCUGCGCUGAUGCGCUGCGAGAGAAAAAUGGGGUAAUCUGGGCGAAAGGAGCAUGGUACUCCUGGCCUGAUCAGACCAUAUUGCCUCUUCGGGCAAUAUAUCUUGCCAGAACGGGCAAUAUUGCCUCAUCGGGUCAGAAGUCAUGACAAUGGACUGACUGUAAUCUUAAAUUAAUUUCCAUUUUAUAGAAAAUCGAUCGAAUUUCCAUAAAUAACUUCCAAGAGUCUGAAAAUUCACGGACGAUUUUCUAAAAAACUGGAAAAUCAACGAGGAAUUUCUAUAGGUACUAUUUGAAAUGCGCUAGCAUUUUCCAUAAAUAAUUUCCGACCUUAGUGUAGUUGAAGAUAAUGCUGUAAUAAAAUUUUAAUAACGACUACAUUCACCAGUAACACUAGUUGUUUCGUUAUUCUUUAGCGUUUACUUUCUGUAAAAGCUAUUUUCAAAAAUUUGUGGAAGAGACGUGGUGGAUCUGUUGCCGCGGUAAUGUCGUUCGCGGUAUUGUCGUUCGCGGUAAUGUCGCUGUAUCGAAACGUACAUUGAAUAUCUUGUUGAGCAAGAACGACAAACAGAUGAGUUAAGAAAACGUGUACAUGAACAAGAAUUACAAGAAGAAAUGGAAGCAAAGAAAAAAGUUAAAGAAGAUUUAAUUGAAACAUUGAUGCAGUCGAAUGCGAAUGUUCAUCGUGUUAUAGAAAGUCAUAAAACACGAAUUCAGGGUUUGGAAGCUAAACGAGAACAACUUCGAUACAAUUAA